UUAUGUUAGUUUUUUAGUAGAAUUAGAGAAAAAUCUUAGAACUUCCUUGAGAAGUGUGUGUCAGGCACCAUGGACUUCGAAGAUAACCAGAAAGAGUCGAUGUCCUUGGAGGAUAUUAUGAGAUUAGUUGAUGAUGAUAACUCCACCGAUGCAAGUGGAGUGACUCAAGUUUAUAUUGACUCGGUUGAUCAAGGAUUCGGACCCGGGGAUUCCGAAGAUAAUAAGACUGGGUCAUUUGUCGACGACGACGGAAACCCGGAACUAUCACUAAUCACUGGCGAUAACGGCAGUGACAACACCAAUCAUGGGUACAUUGAACAUACAAUAUCAGAAGACCAGAUUUUAAUGCAGAUUCACCCAGGGAACAGACGGAUGCCAAAAAAUCUUACCCAUGCAACAUUAACUAUUGAGACCCAGGAUCCUGAAACCAAAGCAAUGCACGUUAAAAGGUUUCAGUGUGACUACGAUGACUGCAACCGAACUUACACAACUCCAGGCAAUCUAAAAACUCAUCAGAAAACACACACAGGUGAAUACACAUUCAUUUGUGAUCAGUCUGGCUGUGGAAAAUCUUUCUUGACCUCCUACAGUCUGAAGAUACAUGUGCGAGUCCACACGCAGGAAAAACCGUAUGGCUGUGAUAUCACCGGCUGUGAAAAAUCAUAUAAUACACUAUACAGGUUGAAAGCUCACAAGAGGAUUCACAAUGGAGACACAUUCAAGUGUGAUGGUGACGGCUGCACCAAGUUCUUCACGACACUGAGUGAUCUGAGGAAACACAUCAGAACACACACGGGAGAGAAACCUUACAUGUGUAAAGCUGAUGGUUGUGGGAAAGCAUUUGCCGCUAGCCAUCAUCUAAAAACUCAUUCACGGACUCACACAGGAGAAAAGCCCUAUGCCUGCAGCAAGGAAGGAUGUACAAAAGCAUUUUCUACAAACUACAGCUUAAAGUCUCACAAAAAUCGACACAGCAAAGACAACUCAGACGCAGUUUACGAGAAUCAGCAACUCAUGAAGUCUAUGUUUUCUGAAAUCAAUGGCAGUCAAAACACCGAAAUCAAUUCCGUCUCAGAAGAUAUGCCCACCCUGUCAAUGCAAGACCUUUUCCAGCCUGUGAUGCCCUUAGUUCUGCCUACUUCCGAAAUGCACCCCACGAUACAGAACAGCAGCUGCACAGCUGUCUCUGACCAACUGCCCCAACAUGUUCUUCUUCUUCCUGACAUGGCAAACCCAUUCUUCAACCAGAACGAAAAUCUGUGCUCAUCUCGGACCACAUCACUUUUGGGCUCUGAACACAAGGCUCCGCUGGAUGACGUAAAGAGCCUCGAGGGCGAGAGACUGGGAGAAACCCUCUGUACGGUCAGUCUGGAAGCGAGCGACUGCGGGGGAGAGUGCGGUCUGAGCAUCAAAUCGGAACCUUCGGAGUGGCAGCAGUGUGAUGCUGUGUGUUCUGAUGAAUCUCAGUGUGCUACUGUGAUGGACCCGGCGGCUGUUAACAGCAGCAGCAGAAGCAGUGGUCAGAGUGAUGCCCUGAGUCCUGCGAUGACGGAGCAAGGAGUGAUGCCAAUGUCUUUCGCCAGCAUGGAGCAACAACAGCAGCAGCAGCAGCAGCAGCAGCAUAUAAAACAGCAGCAGAUGAUUCCAGUUCCAGUGAUCAACACGGCAGAGCUGCAGAAGGCUGCCAACCAGGCAGACAGCCAGGCCCCCGUGAUCCAUGCCGAGGCCCAGAUCAACGCGCAGACGCCGAUGGUGGAGCUGAUGCCACAGCAGAUAGAAGCCGUCGCGGAGAGCGCAUCUGUACCGCUCAGUCAGAUCUUCGUUCCCGUCGUCAACCAAACGGAGAGUGGGCCAAUCAUUCAGCUCGUUCCACUCACACAAGACUCUUGCAUGUCCGUCUCAUAGGCUUGUUGAGAGGGCUUUUAAAAAAAAUGUUAUGAGGGGGUCUAGUCGGUAUUUGUUGGUUCAAUCAUUCAGCUGGUUCCAUUAACACCAGUCUUGCAUGUCCAUCUCCUAGGCUUGUUGAAAGGGGUUUUAAAUUUUGUAUGGGGGUCUAGUCUGUAUUUGUUGUUCCAGUCAUUCAACUGGUUCCAUUAACACCAGACUCUUGCAUGUCCAUCUCCUUAGCUUGUUGAGAGGGGUUUUAAAAAACAUUUAUGGGGGGUCUAGUCCGUAUUUAUUGGUCCAAUCAUUCAGCUGGUUCCAUUAACACCAGACUCUUGCAUGACCAUGUCCUUGACUUAUUGAAAGGUUUUUUAAAAAUAUAUAUAUAUAUAUAUAUAUAUAAAUUUGGGGGGUGUUUAGUCGGUAGUUGUUGCUUUAUCCAAGUCAUUGCUUUUUUUUUGCAAAUCACUCUGUGUGCCUCCGACAUUAGAAUCAUUCAUGUUGGUAGUUUUAACAUAUGUAGGUUAUUCCUAUCAAAUAGCAGCAAGGAAUGUUUUAUGUCAACUUAACCACAGAAAGGACAGAUCGUAGGGUUUUACGUGCACAUUCAGAACAAGCUGUUGUAGUGCACGCCUGUCAUGGGUGCAGGUGCCUGGCCUGUACGGCUCCUCCGUUCAGGAUUGGGCAGAACAGAUACAUGACUUGCAAUAUGUCUGUUGUGGCCCACUGGUUGGGAUGGGAAAAAUCUGACAAGGCCACUGAGGGAUAUAAAUCCCUAUGACCCAUCACAUCUCUACUAAGACUUCUAUCACUGAAUUAUGUGCACGUCUUCCUCACUGCAGAACAUAGACAUGGUGUAUUUACGGUUAAAUAAACUAAUGGUUGAACCAUCCAUUGUGCAGUUCUGUUAGCAGAGCUAUGCAUGACAUCAUUAUCUUAGACUAGACUGCAAGUAUGAUUUAGGUUUUAUUUUUUUUAGAUCUGACAUUGGA